AUGGUUCCAAGUGGUCCCAAAUGGCUAGAACAAAAACGGGCUGCUAUAUAUUUGGUAUGGCACACGUUUUGUUCGACAACAGAGGAAUUCCGAUCUAGUAAAAUAGACCUACUAAUAAACCGGCUGGAUGUUGCUGAAACACGUUCUAAACGGUUGAAUUCCGAAGUGAGAAGUAUAAGAAAAGAAAUUGCUGAUUUAAGAAGAACUCUUUCUGGACCUAAUAAUCUUGCCGUUUCCCUAAAAACUGGAACUGGUGUAACAUCAGAUGAAGUAAGUUCGGUAGAUGGUUGUUCAAGUACUAAAAAAAUUAAGGCAUCCUUUACUGAAGAAGAUGGAUAUACGAUAGUUUUUACAGACGGUGCUUGCGAAAAUAAUGGGAAACCAAUUGCCAAAGCAGGUAUCGGAGUGUGGUUUAGAGAUGGUCAUCCAUUGUAA